UGGCCCGAGUAUCCGCUUCCAGGUCCGCCCGCCCGCGUUGCACGCUGCUCCCGGCGCUGUGCGGCGGAGCCCGGGGCGGCCGUUGCGCGCGAGGUGCCCCGCGGCCCUCAAUCCCCGCCCCGAGGUACAGUUGUUAAAGUGAACCAUGAGUCUUGCAUUGCAUGAUCUGCUUAUGUGUUGUCGUCGCCUUGAAAAUGAGAGAGCUACAGAACGAAGGAAUGAAAUUGAAAAUUUCAAGCGACUCCUCCGUGAUCCUGAAACAGUUCUCCAGCUGGAUCGGAAUUCCGAUUCUAGGAGAGGAAACCAACUCAACUGGGAUGCUGUGUUCAGUGUUCUGAAGAAAUAUUUCCAGAAGGAAAUGGAAAACCUCAGACUGACAAAACCAAAUGCAUCUGCUUCAACCCAGACUUCCAAACAAAAAAGGAUGCAGGAGAUUGGCAGUUUAGUCAAAUAUUUCAUCAGGCGUGCUAAUCGAAGAGGACCCAGACUGGAAUGUCAGGAACUUCUGAACUAUGUCAUGCAUAUUAUAAAAGAUCCAGCAAGUUGUGCUGCUUAUGGAUCUGACUGCAGUAGUAUACUCCUAAAGGAUAUCCUCUCAGUAAGGAAAUACUGGUGUGAGAUAUCCCAGCAGCAAUGGCCAGAUCUGCUGAUACUGUAUGGAAAAUUCUACCUCACACCUUCUGGGAAGAUGAAUAGAGUCUUGGUGGCCAGGAUAAUUCACACACUGAUGAAGGGAUAUUGCUUCCAAACUGAUGAGUUGAGAGCUGAUGUUUUCAGCUUUUUUUCAACAGCAAUGCAGUAUGUGAGGCAGGAGAGAAAUACUGCAGGCCUGGAUCACAUUAUUGCAGCAAUGAAUAUCUUCUUUAAAACAUUUGCUGUAAACUGUCGCAAACGGAUUUGUACAAUUGGGGAAGAAAUUUUGCCUACAGUGCUUUAUAUAUGGACUCAAUAUAGGCCAAAAGAUUCCUUGAAGGAAUCAAUAAUUGAGUUAUUUCUUCUCCAUGUUCAUAUUCAUCAUCCAAAGGGUGCAAAGUCUCAGGAAGAAGGUGCAUAUAACUCAGCAAAGUGGCAAAGUAUUCUACAUAACCUGUUUGAUCUGCUGGUGAAUGAAAUAAAUAUGAUAGGUAGUAGAGGAAAGUAUUCUUCAGGCUCACGUUCUGUUGCUGUAAAGGAAAGUUUGAUUGAGUUAAUGGCUGAUAUUUGUCAUCAGGUGUUUACAGAGGAUACCAAAGUUCUGGAAAUUACUCAGUCGUACACCGUUACACAGUCAGGUGGUGAUGCACUACCCAGCAAGCGCAGGAGGAUUGAGCUCGGCUGGGAGGUAAUUCGGGACAACCUGCAAAGAUCACAGAAGGAUUUUCAUGUCGUACCUUGGUUACAGAUUACAGCUCGAUUACUAUCAAAAUAUCCCAUGAGUUUUCCUAACUGUGAGCUACCUCCGCUGCUCAGUAUCCUGCACCAGUUACUGCCUCAUCAGCGACGAGGAGAAAGGACUCCCUAUGUGCUGAAGUGUCUUACAGAGGUAGCUUUGUGCCAAAAUCAGAAAACUGAUUUGAAGAGCACCCACAAGUUAGAGCUCCAGAGGACAUGGUUAAAGAUUUGGUCUCUUACUAUUCGUAGUAUAAGUUUUCAGCAAAUUGAAACAGAGGUCUUUGGAUUACUUGGAGCUAUGAUUCAAGGGAAUCUUGUUGUGACAGAUAAAGAACUCUGGAAGAUAUUUUCAGGACCGGCAUGCAAGCCUUCAAGUUCUGCAGUAUGUUGCUUAGCAUUAGUGAUGUCUGCUUAUUCAGUGCCAGAAAAUUUGGAUGUAGGAUUGGAACAGAAUAACUGUGAAAGAAAUUUGGAUUCUGUCUUAAAGGAUGCAAUAAUGAAAUGGGUACUUCCUUGCAAUUUGGAGGAAGAAAUAGAAGAAUGUUCGGAAUUGCCUCCUGUGCUCUGCAGUGAUUUCCCUCAUCUUACAUUACAAAAAAUUCUUGUGAGCCUUACAAUGAAGAACAGUAGAGCUGCCAUGGCGUUUUUCCAAAGUGAUGCUAAAUGUGUGCAGCACUUACAGGGGAAAGAAGAAAACAGUUUUUGGGAUGUUGAAGAGCUGUAUCUGCAGACAACAUUUGAUGAAAUGGAUAUUUUCACUAACUUUGCAGUAAAUGUUGCAGAUAAAAAUGUGACUGGUUCAAGACUUGUCAUCAACCAAAGUCUUAGGGAAACACUGGAGUGCUGUCUCUUAGCAAUGUCAGAAAAGCUUUUAAGUAACUAUGCUCCUAAGUCUAAGCUUGUUGCUGUGGAACACCUUGUCCGAUGUGUCAGUCUCUUGAUUGGUGUUCUUGGCUGCUAUUGCUACACUGGUGUAUUUACAGAAGAGGAUGCAUGUAAAUCAGAGUUGUUUCAGAAAGCUAAGUCCCUCAUUCAUUACGUUGGAGAAAGCAUUUCUAACUCGAGCAGAAAACUAAAUGAAGAUGCUCAGCUCGGCUCACUGAGAACUUUGAUAACGCAGUGUACAAAGUGUUUAUGCAAUUGUACCAAGAACAGUGCUAAUAAGAUGGUGUCUAAUUUAUUCCUGCGUUUGUUAACAUCAAAAUUUAUUAAUGAUCUUCUGGAUAUCUGCAAAAAUCUGAUGACUUUUACUGGAAAACCAAGUGAAUUAGGAGAAGUGGACCUAGUGGGGAAUGACCCUGAGGAGAGUAUGAUGGAAGCAGAUAAUCAGAUAUCUGAUGAUCUAUUUGAUGAUCAUUCAGUGACUGACAUCAGUGAUACAAAUGAGUCUGGUGAGAUGCAAAAUAUAACAGGUGCUGUGAGCCCACUAGCUGAAGAACAGUUGACAAAGCAGGAUUUACUUCACCUUGAAAUUCUGAGAUUCUUAUGUGUUUGUGCAACUACUGUCCAAAUUCAGACAGUGAGCUUCCGAGCCUCUGAUAUACAAAGGAAGCUGUUAAUGCUCAUUGAUGACAGCAUCUUUGAUAGCGCUAAGCCACUGCAUCUGCACAUGUACUUGUUGCUCUUGAAGGAGCUCCCUGUUGAAGAAAACCUCCUGCCUGUAGAUGAAGUUCUUAAGCUUCUUACACCUCUUUCUGAUGUAUGUUCUUUGUACCGCCGAGACCAAGAUGUGUGCAAAGAAAUUCUAAAUAAUUUGCUACCUAUAGUAGUAAAUUUGGCCCAGUCCAGUGCACAAAGUGAAGAGACAAGGAUUGCACAAGGGCGAUUUUUGACAGUUGUUGGAGCCUUUUGGAAAUUAGCUCAAGGAAAGAGAUGCACAGCACCAGUAAGAGUGGCACUUUUAAACUGCAUGAAAGCCCUGCUUGAGGCUGAUCCUUAUUCAAAGUGGGCUAUCCUUAAUGUAAAAGAUGAAGAUCUUCCUGUGAGUGAGGUUUUCCCACAUUUUCUUGCAGAUAGUCACCAUCAAGUUUCUAUUCUUGCUGCAAAGUCAAUUACCAGUUUGUUUCAAGAUGUGAAACAGAGAGAUUCUUCUGGAUUGUCAAAACCUCUUCCCUUGAAGCUCCAGCAAAAGGCUUUUGAGAAUUUGUAUCUCAGAGUUCAGGAAGGAAUGGGAAAUCCGUUCAGUGGUGAUGCAAAUCCUGAAGACGUUUUGGACAAACAAUGUAAUAGGAAAGCAGUUUUGCUGAUGCUUAUAACCAUGGUUCUGUGCUGCAGUCCUGUAUGUGAAAAGCAAGCUUUGUUUGCUAUUUGCCAGUCUGUGAAAGAGAAUGGAUUAGAACCUCACCUUGUGAAAAAGGUUUUGAAGAAAGUGUCUGACAUUUUUGGCUAUAAGAAUAUAGAAGACUUCAUGACAUCACACUUGGACUAUUUGGUGGUGGAGUGGCUGAAAAUAAAGGACAGUGGAUAUAGCCUGUCUGCCUUUCCUUAUGUUCUUCUGAACUAUAAUGGUCUUGAGGAAUUUUACAGGUCUUGUUAUAAAGUUUUGGUUCCACACCUGGUGAUUAGAAGUCAGUUUGAAGAUGUGAAAUCACUUGGUAGCAAGAUUGGAAAAGACUGGAGGCAAGUUCUGGCAGACUGUUUUCCCAAGAUACUUGUGAACAUCCUCCCACAUUUUGCCUAUGAAAGCCACGGUCAGAGGGAAGUAGCAGAGCAAAGAGAGACAGCUUCUAAAGUCUACGAUGUGCUCAAGGAUGAAAACUGCUUAGGGAAACAGCAAAUCGACAAUUUAUCUCAUAAUAAUUUAUCAGAGAUUGUGGUUGAACUUCUGAUGACUUUACAUGAACCACCUAAUGCUAAGGCAGAAGAGGGAUCUCAUCUAAGUAAAUAUGUUAGGGAAUUGGAUCCUGUUCCUAAUCCUCCUCAUUUUCCUUCUUAUGUGAUUAAGGCAACCUUGGACCACAUUAGCAACUGUCAUAAAAGCAAACUAAAAAGUCUCAUUGCAGUUCUUUCUAAAAGCCCUGAUUCUUUCCAGAAAAUUCUGCUAGCCCUUUGUAAGCAUGCAUCAGAUACAAACAAUAUAUACAAGAAGCACAGAGUUCUUAUAAUUUAUCACUUCUUUGUUAGUCUAUUACUCAAAGAAAUAAAAGAUGGUUUAGGAGGUGCGUGGGCUUUUGUCCUCCGAGAUGUGAUUUAUACCCUGAUUCACCACAUCAGCAGCAGACCCCCUGUCUUUAGAGAUGUAUCCGUGCGCAGCUUUUCACUCUGUUGUGAUCUUCUUCAGCAUGUUUGCCACACAGCAGUUACGUGUUGCAAUGAUGCUCUGGAGAGCCACCUUCAUGUUAUUGUAGGAACACUGAUACCUCUUGCUGUGGACCAGCCUAAGAUUCAGCCACAGGUCUUAGGCUUGUUGAAGUACCUGGUGAUAGACAAUAAAGAUAAUGAAUAUCUCUACCAAGCAAUCAAACGCUUAGAUCCUUUUCCUGAAUACCCUGCUUUUGAAGAGCUGCGAACGACUCAACUGAAGAUAAAAUACAGUAAAGGGCCAUAUUCUCUUUUGGAGGAAAUUAAUCGCUUUCUCUCAGUUAGUGUUUGUGAUUCACUGCCCUCAACACGACUUGAAGGACUGUAUGAUUUACGUAAACAGUUGGAACAAUAUAAGGAUCAGAUGAAGGACCUCCUGAAGAUUUUUCAGGAAAAACCAGAAGAUUCUGUAAUGGUGAAGCUCGUGGUGAGCUUACUGCAGCUGUCAAAGAUGGCAGUUAAUCAUGCAGGUGAAAAAGCAGUGCUGGAGGCUGUUGGAAGUUGCUUGGGAGAAAUAGGUCCCAUGGAUUUCUCCACCAUAGCUCUUCAGCAUGCUGAAAACGCACUGGAUUCUAAAGCAGUGGACUUGGUUGAAGAUAGAAAGCUUCAGUGGGUCUUCAUAAUGUUAACACAAAUAAAUACUGCUUUAACAGAUAAUUGUAUUGAUGUUAGAUCUGCUGCUGUUUCCUGUUUGAAAAACAUACUAGCCACCAAUUCUGGCAGUGAAUUUUGGGAAGUUUAUAAAAAUAAAGGUGAUCCCAUGUUAAUCUAUCUACAACCUUUCAGAAUGUCCAAGAAGAAGGUUUUGGCAAUGCCAACAAACGAUUCAGAGGCUUCUUCAGAAUCUUUGGAUGAUACAAACCUGUGGAUUCCUCUGGGAGAAAGUCACGAAACCUGGAUCAAGAACUUAACCCGUUCAGUACUGGACAGUGGAGGCGUACAAAAUGAAGUUCUCCAGUUAAUGAAGCCACUGUGUGAGGUGAAAACGGACUUGAGUCAAACUUUGCUUCCAUACCUGAUUCAUGAUAUCCUUCUUCAUGAUUCAAACGAAUCUUGGCGAAAUACUCUGUCGGUUCACGUACGGAAGUUCUUUACUGCCUGUUGCAGAUUUGCCUCAUCUAGUAGAUCUGCUACACCACCAAAUUCUGACUCAGAGCAAGAAACCCAUGUUCUUAGAAGUUUGGAUAAAGUAUCUCGACGAACCAUGCUUGCUGUUGUUGAUUACUUAAGGAGGCAAAAAAGAUCUGUUUCAGGUACAGUUUUUGAUGACAGCUUCUGGCUAGAUCUGAAUUAUCUUGAGGUUGCUGUAGCAGCACAGUCUUGUGCUGCUCACUUCACAGCCCUGCUCUAUGCAGAAAUCUACGCAGACAAGAUAAACAUAGACAAACAGCAAGAAAGGUCUUCUUUUAAAGCAGCUAAAAGUUUGACAUUUGAAGAAGAAAGUGAAAAAUCAACUAUUGCUAUUUUGAAUGAAAAAAGUAAAGAAACUGGCAUAAGUUUACAGGACCUUCUCAUGGACAUAUACAAAAGUAUUGGAGAGCCUGACAGUCUCUAUGGUUGUGGUGGAGGAAGAAUGUUACAGCCAUUAGCACGGAUAAGAACAUAUGAGCAUGAAGCAGUAUGGGAUAAAGCCCUUCUAACAUAUGACCUUGAGGCAGCCCUCUCUCCAUCUACUCGCCAAGCAGGGAUAAUAGAGGCUUUGCAGAAUUUUGGGCUUUGCCACACUCUUUCCAUGUAUUUAAAAGGACUGGAACAUGAAAACACUGAGUGGUGUGCAGAACUACAGGAAAUACGCUACCAGGCAGCAUGGAGGAAUAUGCAGUGGGACAGCAUCUCAUCUCUCAAGAAUGAGACUGGUGGAUCAGGGUACCAUGAAUCAUUGUAUGAUGCUCUUCAAUCCUUACGAGAUAAAGAAUUUUCUACCUUUUAUGACACUCUUAAGGUUGCCAGGGUGAAUGAAGUGGAAGAGCUGUGCAAAGGCAGUCUCGAGUCUGUGUAUACAUUAUAUCCAAGUCUUUGCAGAUUACAGCUCAUUGGAGAGCUGGAAAAUAUAGGUCUGCUAUUUUCCAGACCUGCUACAACUCAACAACUGAAUGAUAUUUAUUUGAAAUGGCAGAGACAGUCCCAGCUUCUUGAGGACAGUGACUUCCAUUUCCAGGAACCUGUCAUGGCUCUGCGCACUGUAAUUUUGGAGAUCUUGCUUGAAAAGGAGCAUGAAAGUGACAAAAGAGAAUGUAUUAAAGACAUUCUCACCAAACAUCUCAUGGAGCUCUCUAAAUUGGCAAGAACUGCUAAUAAUACUCAGCUUCCAGAAAGAGCUAUGUUUCAGAUCAAACAACACAACCCCACACAAUAUGGAGUUUCUGAAUGGCAGCUGGAAGAAGCUCAGGUUUUCUGGGCUAAAAAGGAAGAGAGCCUUGCACUGAAUAUUCUGAAAGAGUUGAUAAAAAAAUUAGAUGCAAAUUGGUUUCAGGUGGAGAAUGAUCCUCACCUGAAAUUGAUGUAUACAGAGUGUCUGAGGCUAUGUGGAACCUGGUUAGCAGAAACAUGUUUGGAAAACCCUACAGUCAUCAUGCAGAAAUACUUAGAGAAGGCUGUGGAAAUUGCUGCAAGCCACCACGGAGACAACAGCGAUGAACUGAAGAAAGGAAAGACAAAGGCUUUCCUGUCUUUGGCUCGUUUCUCGGAUAAUCAGUACCAGCGAAUUGAGAAUUACAUGAAAUCCUCAGAGUUUGAAAAUAAGCAGGCAUUACUGAAGAAGGCCAAGGAGGAGGUUGGCCUCCUGAGGGAGCGUAGAGUUCAGACCAAUAGAUAUACAGUGAAGGUUCAGAGAGAGCUUGAGCUGGAUGAAUGUGCCAUCCAUGCCCUAACUGAGGAUCGUCAGCGUUUCUUGUGUAAAGCAGUGGAGAACUACAUCAGCUGUUUGCUCAGUGGAGAGGAACAUGACAUGUGGAUCUUCCGACUGUGUUCCCUAUGGCUUGAAAAUUCUGGAGUUGACAGAGUCAAUGAGAUGAUGAAGAAAAAUGCAGAGAAAAUCCCUUCUUACAAGUUUUUGCCUCUGAUGUACCAGCUGGCUGCUCGAAUGGGAACCAAGAUGAUGGGAGGUCUAGGAUUUCAUGAAGUUCUGAAUAAUCUGAUGUCCAGGAUUUCACUGGAUCACCCACAUCACACUUUGUUUAUAAUACUGGCCUUGGCAAAUGCUAACAAAGAUGAACUCCUGACAAAAACAGAUGCAAAAAGAAUAAAUAAGUUAAUUAAAAAUGCACCAAAAGAAAUUUCACAACUUGAUGUGGACCGAAUGGAGGCUGCUAGAAAUAUAAUCAACAUCAUAAGAAAAAGGAGAGCUCACAUGGUUAGAGAUGUAGAAGCGCUUUGUGAUGCUUACAUCACGUUAGCAAAUGUAGAUGCUACUCCAUGGAAAGCCCAAAGAGGAGGAAUAAGUAUUCCAGCUGACCAGCCAAUUAUUAAACUGAAGAACCUGGAGGAUGUUGUUGUUCCUACCAUGGAAAUUAAGGUGGAUCCCACAGGAAGAUAUGAAAAUUUGGUGACAGUAAGGUCUUUUAAGCCAGAAUUUCACUUAGCAGGAGGUCUGAAUCUGCCAAAAAUAAUCAAUUGUAUAGGAUCAGAUGGUAAAGAAAGAAGGCAGCUGGUGAAGGGCCGUGAUGAUCUGAGGCAAGAUGCUGUUAUGCAGCAGGUUUUCCAGAUGUGUAACGCAUUGCUCCAGCAGAACACAGAAACGCGGAAGAGAAAAUUAACCAUCCGAAGAUACAAGGUAGUUCCCCUUUCGCAGAGGAGCGGUGUGCUCGAGUGGUGCACAGGAACAACCCCCAUUGGGGAGUUCCUUGUGAACGCUGACAAGGGAGCCCACAAGAGAUACAGGCCUCACGAUUACUCCAGUUUGCAGUGCCAGAAGAUAAUGAUGGAUGCACAAAAGAAACAUUCUGAAGAGAAAUACAACAUCUUCAUGAAGGUCUGUGACAAUUUUCAACCUGUGUUUCGUUAUUUCUGCAUGGAAAAAUUCCGGGACCCAGCUGUGUGGUUUGAGAAGCGAUUGGCGUACACUCGCAGCGUGGCUACAUCUUCUAUAGUUGGCUACAUCCUUGGACUUGGAGACAGACAUGUUCAGAAUAUCCUGAUAGAUGAACAAACUGCAGAACUGGUGCAUAUAGAUUUGGGAGUUGCUUUUGAGCAAGGUAAAAUCCUUCCCACACCAGAGACUGUUCCAUUUAGAUUAACCAGGGACAUUGUGGAUGGAAUGGGCAUUACUGGAGUAGAAGGAGUCUUCAGAAGAUGCUGUGAGAAAACAAUGGCUGUCAUGAGAAACUCUCAGGAAGCUUUGCUGACUAUUGUGGAGGUGCUGCUCUAUGAUCCCCUUUUUGACUGGACCAUGAACCCUUUGAAAGCUUUAUAUCUGCAGCAGAGACCAGAGGACGAGGCUGACAUGAGCUCUACUCUCGGUGCUGAUCCACGAGCAUGUAAAAGGAAAGCCAGCAGUGAUGACCAGAGCUUUAACAAGGUGGCUGAGCGCGUUCUGAUGAGACUUCAGGAGAAGCUGAAGGGCGUUGAAGAGGGAACGGUGCUCAGCGUGGGAGGGCAGGUGAACCUGCUGAUACAGCAGGCCAUGGACCCUAAAAACCUGAGCCGCCUCUUUCCUGGCUGGAAACCCUGGGUGUGACUUGGAAGGAUCCAGUGUGUUUUUGGAAGAGAUUAUUUUUCAGCAGCAAAUGUCUUAGCAUUUCAGAUUUCUAUUUGCAUAUUAAACAUUGGAUCAGGUGAACUGUAAAUGUUUAUAUGUAUCAGUAUUAGGUGGAUGGCUUUGGGUGGUUUUUUUCAUUAACUUGUUAUCAAGAAAACAUUUUCUUCCUCCACUUAUGUUUGCAAUACAGCCUAAAAGCAAGCAGUGCUUUGCUGUUUUCUGUGGCUUGCAGGGACUUUGCUCAUACAUAAUGUUCUUAAAGCCUGAGGAUCAUCACUCGUCUAACUGAUCGAUAUCGAGUCUUGCAGGUAAUAAUUUGGCAUAGUAACAUGGCUGUGCAGAAUGGACAAUCUGAAAAGCAGGCAUGAUGAAAUAAGUGACUGGAGUACAUUUCAGGAGUGAGGGGAAGGGAACGUACGUUAAAGAUAAUGCCACAGUGGUAGUUGGCAGAAGUGCAACUGAAAACAGGAGAACUUCCUGUUUAACAAGCUGGAAAUUCAGGAUAUUUUUCUUAGCUUAGUUAAAUGGGAUAUGACCCUUGAGCCAGGUGUAAUACUGCUGCUUUUUUCCUGGUGGAAAAUUCCUGGUGAAAUUAUGCUUGUAUUUUAUUUUUAUAAAUCACUUGUUUUCUAUUUUGCUAUAGUGUUACUAUAAUACUGUAAAAUAUAUGUGUAUAUAUAUUUGUUUUUGUAACUAACUCUUGUGAUAAAAGAGACUGGCUCUACACUGGUGUACAAGAUGUCCCUCUGAGACAGUCAUUCUGUAUCUGGAGUACCUUCAGGAACACUGAUGUUAUGUUUUGAGUACAAAAAGCAAUAGUAGUUGUACUCAUUUUUACAGACAACAUUGCUGCUUCUGAAAUAAAAGGAAAUAAAAAGGCUCAUCAGUGCAUGCUGAUAACAGAAGAAUCUCCUCAAACAACAAUCUCAUUCAUACAUCUAAUAAAGUUUUCCAAAUCA